GAGAGUUAUGGGGAUGUGUGGGUGUGGGUGAUGGGUGACGCUCCUGGAGAUAAGCCUUAUGAUGACAUCAUCAAGGAGCUGAUGGGGUGAGAAAGCCAGACGGCAGGCUCAGCAGGAGGCCAAGGAGCUCUGGUGACUGGGGAGGGGAAAGGAUGCCCACAUAACCCAGUGCGAGGAUUUAAAUGCCAAAGGUAAACGAUUGAUCUGUGUUAAAUGUUAUAGAAGGAAAUGAAAAUGUGCCAGAGAGAGAUUAUAUUGUAAGAGGGAUGAGAGGGGCAGAUAAUGAGAUAUCUGUUGUGUGUUAUAGAGUCAGAACUAGACAGAAACUUUCCAAAGAUGUCUUAUUCAUAACAGCAUGCACCUUGAUGCAAAGAGACCCAUGUCAAUUUGGGCUUUAAGUAGAUUUCCCACCCCUUCCUUUCACAACAAGGUAUAUUUCAACAACCCUCCUGCUCAGGCAAACCAAAGAGGCUGAGAUUGAAAAUAAGUUCUGGGAUGCUAUGGCGAAGGAAAAGGCCCAUUUUGUGGCAGGGAAGUGGAAGGAAGAAACGGAGGACAGGAAGGCUGCCAAGCAGGAUGAGGAACGCAUCCAGGAAGAGCUCAAGGUAGGGCAAAGGCUGUGUGUGUGUUUGUGUGGGAGGGAUCUGUGGGGCAGGGGCAAAGUAUUUCUCAGGGAGUGCACUGCACAGACGAACACUUUGUGUGUGUGUGUGUGUGUGUGUGUUUGUGUGGGUGCAUGCGUGCGUGCAUGUGUGUCUAGUUGUAUGUGAGUGAUGGGGAUCUUUGGUUAUGAUUUGGAAAUGUGAGUCGGAUGACUUUUCCCAUACAAUCCAAGUGAUCAGUGUCUUCUACAGAGAUUGUGUUGAUGCCCAACUUGAGGGCAAAACAUUUAUUUGCUGGACUUGCUUGCCAGAUCAGUCCCAUUAAAUAUUUAAUUAUUUAAGCUGCACGGUGCAACGCCACACUGCUGUUAGAGAGAGAGGACGUCCGCUCAGUCUGCGUCCCAGCUCCCCUGCUCUACAGGAGGGAGAAAUAUGAGAGCAGGAUCGGACGAUCAAUACUAAAUCUGGGAAGCACACUAGCAGAGGGAGAAUCAGCCUUAUUAGAGGGAUCUGAGGAACAGGGGCGAAGUAUUUCCCAGGGAGUGCACUGCACAGACCAACACUGUGUGUGUGUGUGUGUGUGUGUGUGUGUGUGUGUGUGUGUGUGUGUGUGUGUGUGUGUGUGUGUGUGUGUGUGUGUGCGUGCGUGCGUGCGUGCGUGCGUGCGUGCGUGCGUGCGUGCGUGCGUGCGUGCGUGCGUGCGUGCGUGCGUGCGUGCGUGCGUGCGUGCGUGCGUGCGUGCGUGCGUGCGUGCGUGUGCGCGUGUAGAGAUGGAUGGGAAUCUCUGGGGGCAGUACCACAACUGUGCAUCCAAUCACUGUUGUACCAUAGAGCCUUGUUGGAGCAUCGAAGUCCUGGAUGAUGCAGAACCUGGACGAAUGAGACCUACUUAAGAAACUCUGCAAAUAUUAAAGAGCUCGUUUAACAUUGCCCUCCUCUGUUGAGCUCGCCUGAAGGAAAAGGGCUGAGUCAUUAAACGUUUCCCUGUCUGAAACUCUGGAAAAAGGAAGACACUGAGACAAAAAUAUGAAAAAUAGAAGAGGCCAAAAUUGCAUGACUAGACUAUGUGUAGCAAAGUUAGGUCAUUAGUCUUCCACCAAUUCAGUUUUCAGUUCAGUCAAUUCGCAACCCUGGCUUCUGGCUGAGAUUUUGUGUCAUUGGCCUACACACAAUACCCCAUAAUGUCAAUGUGGAAUUAUGUUUAUAGAUUUUUCUUUGAAAAUAAUUCAAAAUUCAAAGCUGAAAUGUCUAGAGUCAACCCCUUUGUUAUGACAAGCCUGAAUAAGUUCAGGAGUAAAAAUGUGCUUAACAAGUCACAUAAUAAGUUGCAAUAAUGUGCAAUAAUUGUGUUUAACUACAUUUUUGUGUUUAACAUGAUUUGAAUGACUACCUCAUCUCUGUACCCCAAAUAUACAAUUAUCUGUAAGGUCCCUCAGUCGAGCAGUGAAUUUCAAACACAGAUUCAACCACAAAGACCAGGGAGGUUUUCCAAUGCCUCGCAAAGAGCACCUAUUGCUAGAUAAAAACAGACAUUGAAUAUUCCUUUGAGCAUGGUGAAGUUAUUAAUUACACUUCGGGUGGUGUAUCAAUACACCCAGUCAAAUCAAAUCAAAUCACAUUUUAUUUGCCACAUGCGCCGAAUACAACAGGUGUAGACAUUACAGUGAAAUGCUUAUUUAUAAGCCCUUAACCAACAAUGCUAUUGUUAAGUAAAAAAUAGAUAAGCAAAAAAUAAAAAUAAUUAAAGAGCAGCAGUAAAAUAAAAUAACAGUAGGGAGGCUAUAUACAGGGGGUACCGGUACAGAGUCAAUGUUCGGGGGCACCGGUUAGUCGAGGUAAUUGAGAUAAUAUGUACAUGUGGGUAGAGUUAAAGUGACUAUGCAUAAAUAAUAAACAGAGCAGCAGCAGCGUAAAAGAGGGGGUUGGGGUGGGGUGGGGUGGGGUGGGGGGAAGCUGUUAAGAAGCCUUUUGGACCUAGACUUGGUGCUCCGGUACCGCUUUCCGUGCGGUAGCAGAGAGAACAGUCUAUGACUAUGGUGGCUGGAGUCUUUGAUAAUUUUCAGGGCCUUCCUCUGACACCGCCUGGUAUAGAGGUCCUGGAUGGCAGGAAGAUUGGCCCCAGUGAUGUACUGGACCAUACGUACUACCCUCUGUAGUGCCUUGCGGUUGGAGGCCGAGCAGUUGCCAUACCAGGCGGUGAUGCAACCAGUCAGGAUGCUCUCGAUGGUGCAGCUGUACAACAUUUUGAGGAUUUGAGGACCCAUGCCAAAUCUUUUCAGUCUCCUGAGGGGGAAUAGGAUUUGUCGUGCCCUCUUCACGACUGUCUUGGUGUGUUUGGACCAUGAUAGUUUGUUGGUGAUGUGGACACCAAGGAACCUGAAGCUCUCAACCUGUCACUACAAAAAUACAGGAGUCCUUCCUAACCAGUUGUCGGAGAGGAAGGAAACCGCUCUGGGAUUUCACCAUGAGGUCAAUGGUGACUUUCAAACAGUUAAAGAGUUUAAUGGCUGUGUUAGACGAAAACUGAGGAUGGAUCAACAACAUUGUAGUUACUCCACAAUACUAACCUAAAUGACAGAGUGAAAAGAAGGAAGCCUAUACAGGAUAAAAAAAUAUUCCAAAACAUGCAUCCUGUUUGCAAUAAGGCACUAAAGUAAAACUGCAAAAGAAUUGGCAAAGCAAUGAACUGUAUGUCCUGAAUACAAAGCAAGUUUGGGGCAAAUCCAACAAACACAAAACUGAGUACCACUCUUCAUAUUUUCAGGCAUGGAGGUGGCUGCAUCAUGUUAUGGGUAUGGGUGUCAUCAGCAAGGACUAGGGAGUUUUUUGGGGAUGAAAAUAAAUGUAAUAGAGCUAAGCACAGGCAAAGUCCUAGAGUAAAACUUGGUUCAGUCUGCUUUCCCAAGGACACUGGGAGCCAAAAGCACCUUUCAGCAGGAUAUUAACCUAAAACACAAGGCCAAAUAUUCACUGGAGUUGCUUACCAAGACGACGUUGAAUGUUCCUGAGUGGCCUAGUUACAGUUUUGACUUAAAUCAGCUUGAAAAUCUAUGGCAAGACUUGAAAAUGGCUGUCUAGCAAUUAUCAACAACCAACCUGACAGAGCUUCAAUAAAUAUUUUAAGAAUAAUGUGCAAAUGUUGUACAAUUCAGGUGUGCAAGACUCUUAGUGACUUACCCAGAAAGACUUAGGUAAAUGGAAUAUUUCUGUAUUUCAUUUUCAAUAAAUUAGCAACAUUUUCUAAAAACAUGUUUUAACUUUGUCAUUAUGAGGUAUUGUGUGUAGAUGGGUGAGAAAAAAUCUGCUUAAACCAUUUUGAAUUCAGGCUGUAACACAACAGAAUGUGGAAUAAGACAAAGGGUAUGAAUACUUUCGGAAGGCACUGUAGCUUGUUUUUGGUCACAGGUUCAGGAAUGGCUUAAAAAUCACAACAUUUACUUAAAGCUAUCUCUGCAAAUAGCACUGUUGGGUGAUUUGAAAAGCCAUAGUCAAUCAAUCAAUAAUAUAAUAAUACUGUUAGUACAUAUUUUCAUCUUUAAUUUACAAUCUGUAUAAACUAUGAGAAUAGAAAGGUUCAGAACUUUUUUGAAAUAUCACAGCACAAUUGAAAAAUAUAUGGCAAGUCGAAAUCAAAACUGGAUGGUUUUCAGAGAUAUAUGGAAGGGGUUAAAGGUAGCAACAAAAAAAAAGAAAAUGAAAAAAGAUAACAUAUGUAAAAUAUACCGUGUCCAUUUACCAUGUCCAUAAAAUGUAUAUAAUAUGUAUAAGCUGGGAGUAGAACCCUAAGUGUUGUUGUCCAUUGGUUUACUCCAAUUAGGGGAGGGGUGGUAGGGUUAGGGGAAAAUAAUAUAGAAGGUAAAUAUAUAUUUUUUUAAAUAAGAAAAUAAUAUAUGGGAGAUUGGAAAUGAUGCAGAGAAAUACAUUGACAGAACCCACAAUUGAUAUGCAAUAUUAAAUCUGCUUUACACCCCCCCCCCCCCCCCCCUCCAAUAAAAAAUGUAUUAUAAUAAAUAAAUAAAAUAAUAAUAUGAUGGGUCCAUUGUGCUGAUAACCCUGGUUUGAACCCCUGUUGGUUGCAUUCACAGCAGAGUAGCCUUUGACCUCUAGAGAAACCCAAUCGCUGGGCACACGUGGUGAAUGCUUGCCUUGCCAAAGCAGAACCCUGUGUGGUCUGAAACUCUGAAUAUGUUCACUGAGGUUCUAUACACUGUAUGUUCUUUCCACAGCAUCAAACAACACCAAUUAUCUCGCUGUCACAACUGUCAGAACUGUCACUCACCGCUCUCCAGCAGGGAAAAAAGCAUUUUAGCUACAACAAAACAUAACAGCUAACAAUUGUCCCGGUCAAAAGCUGCCUGUUUUCACUCCAUAACUCAAUGGUAAUUACUCCAUGCAAUGGAUUACAGGGCUUUAAUGGUUCAAAUUACCACAAUGCAAUGUGUUUUUACUUCCACUUCCACUUCAGCACAGAUGAUGAGCUGAAUGCUUGUGUUCAUCACAAGCAGUGUGUAUGGAAUAUCAUACUGGAGAAUGAGGUCAUUAUUGAAGUCAAUUAGAGGACAGCCUAGUUGGACUAACUGGGGCAGGGGAAGGGCGCAAACCCUAAAUAUUAUAAUAGGCCUACAUUUAUCAGCAGGCCAGGGUACAAGAUGCAGCAAUCAUGACAGUCAGGGACAUACAGGUCCUGUAUUUACUGCAGACAGUCCUGGACAAUUAUUUUUGUGUCUUGUUACGAAAUUAUAUGCAAAUACCUCUGCAGUCAGUGUGUGUGUGUGUGUGUGUGUGUGUGUACGCCCACCUGUCUUUUGUUUCCCAUUCCUCACAUAUUUUUUCUCCGACAGAAACGAGAGGAGGAGAGACAGCAAGGUGAGGAGGAGAUCAAACAUGCGGAGGAGAAGAGAGUGAGGGAGAUGUAUAUCUCCCUAGAGCAGGAACAAAGGGGUGAGAAGGAUGAGAAGGAAUGGGAGGAGCAACGGAAGUCAAGUCUUCCCUGCCUUUUCUCUCUACACCUGUUUUCCUUUCCAUUGAUCACCUCCUCUUCUCCAUCCCUUAUUUUUACAUGAUCCUCUUUUAUUCAUUUCUGUCCCUCCCUAAAUAUCAACUCCAAAACUUCUGUUGUUUAUCCUCAAACUUUUACAGUUAAAGGAAUGAUUCACUCAUUUUGAAUGUUCUCAUAUGACACAAAACUCAUCAUACUGGCUGUAUUUCUGCCUGAUUGAACGGCGAAUAGCUCAGAUACACAUGAAAACAUGAAAUGACCCCAGGAAUCGAUAGAACAUCACUCAUGGAUGCACAAAUACAAUAUAACAUUCAAAAUGGGUGAAUCCAGUCUCCUUUUUAUCUAAUUUAACACCUGGGGGUGGGGGGGGGGGCAUUCCUCUUGUGUUCUCUAUUGCUCCUCUAUUGUUCCUCAAGUAAGGGGGGAGGCCGAAGACAUCACAACUUCCCAUCAAACCAAUUCCUUGAAAGCCCUACUCCUUGAAGUUUGCAGUUGUGUUUAAAUACACGGUCCCGCUGUAUUUGAAGUCCAUCUUAUGAAGGCUUCAUAAAGCAGUCAUAUAGGCUUUGUAACCACUACAUAAAUGGGUCACAAAUCAUCUAUAACUGUAUUUCAUGCUCUAUAAAGGAUUAAUAAAUGUGAAAAAAUACAUUAUAUGGUUAUGUCACACAGUUAUGCCACAUUAUGAAUCAUUCUAGAGCAUGAAAAACGGUUACUGAUGAUUUAUGACCCAUGUAUGUAGUGCUUAUAAAGCCUUCAUAAGAUGCAGGCACGUGUCGAAUACAACCGGCAGUCCCUGCGGGCCAUUGAGAAGGGCCGUGUGGCGGGGCUCAGUUGGCUGUUCCAGCAGGGCACUGUGGUGGGGAACGGACAAACAGCAGCCUCCCUCAGGAGACACAGCACCAUGCUAGAGUCAUCCUCCUCCUCCACCACCCACAGCGUCCCCACUGCCCCAGGUCCAGCCUGCUGCUCCUCCACUGUACCGCCGCAGACAGCGCCAAAGACACAGCCUCAUUGUUACACAUCCACUGAUGGACAGGUACAGGACAGAUACAAAAUUGGCCUACUAUUCAUGAAUAUGUACAAGGAUAGAUAUAGCAUAAUUACUAUGCAGCAACCAAUCCAUAUACAGAUAAGAUACAUACAUUUUAGUCAUUUAGCAGACACUCUUAUCCAGAGCGACUUACAGGAGCAAUUAGAGUUAAGUGCCUUGCUCAAAGACACAGACAGAUUUUUCACCUAGUCGGCUCGGGGAUUAGAACCAGCAACCUUUCGGUUACUGGCACAACGCGCUUAACCACUAAGCUACCUGCAUAGAGUGGUGAAGUAAAAAAAAGUAUUUAAUAUAUAUUGAGAGAUACACAGAAGCAGACCCGAUAGGCCCGCAAGGCUUUUUUUAUGCCUGGAACUCAUCUAAAGCAUGAUGCACCUUUAUCACGGCAUCAUUAAAAGGCUUAGGGCAAUCAUGCUAUAUUAUGUAUUUAUUUAUUAUUAUAAUAUCAUGUGGCUAUGUAUGCUUCACUUCUCUAUCUUCUCCAGUCCUGCCUGGGUGAGAGCACCCCAGCCCAGCGCCAGAGAAUGUGUUCUGCUGUGGUUCAAAGAGGAGCAAAGGCCCAAACAGGCUGGCUAUGAGCGCAACAGCACCGCCAUUGCACCCUGGUUCCACGGUCAGUACUGGGAUGUUGUCUCGACAAAAUAUGGAUCCCUCCUAGCUUCCCCUCUUGCACCAAACUACUUCUCUUCACUACUAUUACCACAUGCAAACUAUUUAACUCAAAAGUAUUCUUGCCUGCUUCCUCAGGAAAGGAGAAUUGAAAAAAAGUGUGUCUGUUCGUGCAUGCUAGAGUGUGUGGCUGGAGGGAUGGCACUUUUCAAUAAUUCAUAGGCCACCCUAGACUAAUUACUGGCGAGUGGCCCUCAGCCCUAACUCCCUGCAUAAUAGGUCACAGUGUGUAGCUCCUGGUUAUGUGACAAAAGGCCUGAUGAAUGGGCCUAUGAGUGACACAAUCCACUGGAAAGAGGGGUGCAACAUGCACUCUGUACUAUCAUGCCGAGACAGGGUAUCAGGCAUCUAAACACGCAUCCCCAUACCCACUCAGUUUGAUACCGUUUCAUCCCUUCUUCAAAUCAUGCAUUUAUACAACCGUUAUCAUCUCUCUGUCACUGAGAUACUUGUCAUUCCCUUUCGUUAAUAAAAACGUUACACAACAUUAAUUAUUUAGGGAAAUUAGUUUUUCCUCUCGUUAGACCCAGAAACACUUAGCAUGCUAUAGACGUCAGUAAUUCAGUGAUUUCAGUGUUCUGCAGUGCUGUUAGUCAGCAUAGUCACUCCAUGUGCAAGUCAGGUUAAAUGGUUACUGCUAGUAACUCAAGAUCAAAGUGACAGCCAGCAAAUGAUAUACAGUACAUCAGUGAUAUUUUCCUAUUACAACUGAUUUAGCAACAAAUCACAUACAUGGCUGACCUGUGUUAUCUUCAAUAAUACUGCUGUAACCAUGGAUACAUGAAAUGCGGAGGCUGACAAAACUGAAUGUGUGAAUCUGUGACAUUAGUUAUAUGCUAAUGUACAAAGGAGGAUGCAUCUUGGUCUGCAGGAAUUCACAUGUCUCUUUGACAUUACACACACAUGCAGUAUAACAUUGUGUGUAGUGUACAAAUACAAAUAAAAAGCAUCUGGAGACUGCCGGGGGGGAAUGCUGAUAAACAGUGUGAAUAUGAUUCACCACAGAUCACCACAUUGAAUCUGGAAAAUCGUAACAUAAAACCAUCAUAUUACUGUAGAGCUACAUAAUAUGCAUGCAGUAUGCAAAAGACAAAACAACAGCUGUUGAUAAGAAUGUAUAGCACAAGCAUAUCUAAGACCAGGCAUGUCAUGGCUAUAGGCUAUGUGCUGAUGAUCUGUCCGUCUUUCUCUAGGAAGAGGUGAUCGCCACAUCAGGAGGAGAACUUCUGCAGGAAGCAUGCAAAUGGACAGGCUCAGCCACAGACUAUGGGGACUCUUCCAAUGACCCCCUCAACACCUUGUCA